UACUAGUGCAAUAAGUUAGAAUGGGAAAAAAUAUUUCUAUCUUAUUCUAGCUUAUUGUACCAGUGCAGCAGUGUGCAGCGAUAAAGAACAGGCCUCUACUGUAUCGGCACUUCCGCGAACUCUUAUUGUUCGACCCGUUCAAGGACACUGCGACGAAGGAAGCGGUAGGAGACUCGUUUAUUCCUGAUAUCUGUGUUAAUUAAUUCUGUCGUUUUGUAAGUCCAUUUUCACUGUUGAGUGGCAUUUGCUGCGUCGUUUCCGGCUGAACGUUCAGCGGAUUUGGCCAUGGCGUUGUCGAGAAUCGGCAGUGUGGAGAUGCUGAACACUCUGGCUCGUGUCUCGCGCGCAGCAUUCUUAGAGAUGCAGUGUGCGACUCCGGCGGCAAUUCACUGGAAGCAACAGCCACUGCACUUGACUAGUGCACGUUGUUAUCCGGACCCACCAACUCUUACUCUGCCGAAUAACGUCUCUGACAUCUUUGCCAAUGAGACCGGUCGCUUCACGCCGGAACGCUCACGCGACAUCGCCCUGUAUGCCGAGAACGGCGGCACCGCGGUCGUCGCAGCGAAGUGCUCCGGAUUUCCCGAGAUCCGCGAUGACAGCCACGUGGACUCGUACGAUUGCUUUGGCGCGGUCAGCCUGAACGGCACGAUGCAGAGCAACGUGCCAAAGCCGUUCUCUUCAUGCGGCAAGUCCAUGCAUCUCAACAUGCCUGGUGGACAGUGGUCCCGCGACGGCAAAUACAUCGCCGAGGACAUGCAACGCUCCCACUACCGCAAGUUGUCGUGUACUGCAACUAACGCCUUCGUAACGAGCCCGCUUUUACGAGCAACAUAUUGGCCAAUUAAUAUCGUCAGAAUGAGUUAUUCGACCAACACCUCCAAGGCAUCCAGAGAGGUUCCGGCCCCGGGACCGGUGUCCAUAAGUGGAAUGUCGCAGCGAGAAAAAUUUCGCCUAAUGUUGAGGGAUUAUGGAGGCACUCUUCUUGUCUUUCAUAUCACUAUAUCGCUAAUAAGCCUUGGUGCUUGUUAUAUGGUGGUUGUUAGCGGGAUCGAUGUAAUGCCAUUCGUGCAAAGAUGGACAGGCGGAAACGAGCAGGUAGAAAACCUGAUAAAAGUCUCGACAGAUUUUAUAAUAGCGUACACAGUUCACAAAAUGCUCGCACCUCUUCGAAUAGCAAUAACCUUGACUGUGACUCCAGUCCUUGUAAGACGUCUGAGGAAGAUGGGCUUGCUCAAAAUGCCAAAACAAAAACCACAAGAAAAAUCACCGCCUAGUAAGGAUCCAAGAUAGUUAUCUUUUAUAAAAUGCUUCAUUAUUAAGUAUCGUAUUAUGACAGACGACUAAUAAAAACAAAACAUUUUAAAAUACGAUACUGUGAAAAGAAAUUAAGUCAGAUUUUUUUCAAAAGUGAGAUUUUUUAACGAGUAAGAUAUAACUAUUUUAAAUAAAUGAUGUAUAUAUCAUAUCUGUGUAUCUUGUAUAAAUUUAAAUGAAUCAAUUUUGAUAAUGGAGGAGAAAUGUUACUGGUUAAAUUUAUAUAUAUGUAUAAGCGAGAUUACUAUCUUCUUCCGCAUAAUUCAAAAGCAGAAAGCUUCAAUCUUAAUUACAAAAGGUGUAGGCAUUUAUAUAUUUAUAUGAUCAAUUUGUUAUAAAGAAAUUAUCUGUAAAUAAAUAUUAUGCAGACAAAA